AUGAGGUGUGGGAUGAAGGAGGACCGCGGCGCGCCUGCGCGAGGCGACGACGGAGACGUUCCCCAGACGUCACCGCGUUCCCACGGAGAGCUGGGGCUAUCGAUCCCCGCCGCGCCUGCGCAUGACCGCGACGGCCACCUGCACCUGGUCCCUGCAGUGCUCGCCUAUUACAAAAGGUUUCAUAUGAUCCGCUCCUCCAUACUUCUGGACACUUGUGCACCAGGACAUCCUGAAACCAUGGCUAACAACGAGAAGGAAGGGAAACACAAGAAGGACUUUACAUGGCAGCUUAUAAUGGCUUCUCUUGUUGGUGCUCUGGGGUCAUCCUUCUUAUACGGUUAUAAUUUAUCUGUUGUGAAUGCCCCUGCAUUGUACAUAAGAGAACUGUACAAUGAAAGUUGGUCGCGGAGAUAUGAUCAGACCAUAAGUAGUAACACUAUCUCCAUUCUGUGGUCUGUUACUGUAUCGAUCUUUGCCAUUGGAGGUCUUGUUGGGGCACUGCUUGUGACACCAAUGGUGAACCAACUGGGCAGAAAAAGAACACUGCUCCUCAACAAUUUGUUUGCAAUAUUAGCAGCAUUAUUGAUGUCCUUAGCGAAUCUAGCAGACAUUCCUGAAAUGGUCAUCAUCGGUCGCUUUAUUAUGGGAGUGGAUGGAGGUAUAGCACUCAGUACUCUACCAAUGUACCUUAAUGAGAUCUCACCAAAGAGAAUCCGUGGGUCUCUUGGACAGGUUACUGCAAUCUUGAUCUGUGUAGGAGUGUUCACGGGUCAAGUGCUUGGUCUGCCAGAAAUAUUUGGACAGGAAUCCCGAUGGCCCUGCUUAUUUGGAUUUAUUCUUAUCCCAGCGGCGAUACAGCUAAUGGUUUUACCAUUUUUCCCAGAGAGUCCACGCUACCUCCUCCUCGAUAAGCAAGACACCAAGAAAGCAGAGAAAGCUUUCCGCACAUUCCGUGGAAGAAAGGAUGUUUCCAAAGAUAUAGAAGAUGUGUUGGCAGAAACACGGAUACAAAGGAACAUCCGCACGGUCUCUGUCAUCGAACUUUUCAAGACACGUUCUGUUAGAUGGCAGAUUAUAACCGUUAUUAUCACCAUGGCCUCAUAUCAGCUGUGCGGCCUCAAUGCUAUAUGGUUCUACACCAACAGCAUAUUUGAGGCAUCAGGUAUUGAGCGUCGUACCAUUCCAUAUAUUACCCUCUCCACAGGUGGCAUAGAAAUUCUGGCUGCUGUUGUAUCUGGCAUAACUAUUGAAAAACUUGGAAGAAGAAUUCUUCUGAUUGGUGGAUUUGGGUUGAUGACGCUGUUUUUUAGCAUUUUGACUAUAUCAUUAACUUUCCAGGACAGUGCAUCAUGGCUUCCAUACAUUAGCAUAGUGUCCAUUCUUGGUGUAAUCGCAUCUUUCUGCAUUGGACCAGGUGGAAUUCCCUUUGUCCUGGUUGGCGAAUUUUUUCAGCAAUCUCAGCGUCCUGCAGCCUUUAUGAUCGCAGGCACAGUCAACUGGAUCAGCAACUUCGCUGUUGGACUUCUUUUUCCUUUAAUCCGGGACAGCUUGAAAAAUUACUGUUUCCUGGUCUUUGCUGUGAUCUGCUUGCUCGGUGCCCUCUAUCUCUAUUUCGUUUUGCCUGAAACAAAAAACAAAACAUUUCAUGAAAUUGACCAAGCUUUUGCCAAAAUUAAUAAAAUGUCCACGGCAGUAAACGAUUCAGAGAAAUACUGGAGUGCAGAGAAGACUGUUGAACAGACUGAGAAUACUAAAGCUCACACAGAUAAUGCUGAUCACAACAGUAUGGAGAUGGAUCACAUAAAUAAGAUGUGA